CGCAGCGCCGCACGGCGGUACAUUUCCCACAAUGCACCAGGACAGGAGUAAACAGAGAGGCAAGAUGGCGGCGGACAGCGAUCCCGAGUCUGAAGUGUUUGAGAUCACUGACUUCACCACCGCGUCCGAGUGGGAGAGGUUCAUAUCCCGGCUCGAGGAGCUGCUGAAUGACUGGAAGCUGAUCGGGUCUCGUGUCGGGAAACCGCUGGAGAAGGGUGAGAUCACCAGCAGCUCGUGGGAGGAAAACACACAGGAGAUCAACUUUGCUGAUUUCAAGUUCUCCAUCACACAUCACUGUCUGAAGCAGGAGUCAGCUGAGAAUGGAAGCAGGGAGGAAGCAGAGGAAGAUGUGUGUCCGCUGGCCCUGCAGGACCUGCUCUGCAUGAACAAUGACUUUCCUCCGCGAGCUCACUGUCUCGUCAGAUGGUUCGGUGUGCGUGAGUUCGUGGUGAUUUCUCCGGGAACCAACUGUGAAGCUGUGGUCAGCGAGUCCAAGUGUAACCUGCUGCUGAGCUCCGUGUCCAUCGCUCUGGCCAACACGGGCUGCCUGGUGCCGCUGUUCGUGCAGAUCCAGCAGAAGUGGAGGAAGAUGUAUGCGGGUGAGUGUCAGGGGCCCGGGGUCCGGACCGACUUCGAGAUGGUGCACCUGCGUAAAGCUCCUGGUCAGUACACACACCUCUCCGGCCUGCUGGACAUCUUCAAGAACAAGAUGAGCUGCCCGCUGACGCCGCUGCCGCCCGUCAGCAUCUCCAUCCGCUUCACCUUCGUCCUGCAGGACUGGCAGCAGUGCUCGUGGCCACAGCAGCCGCCAGACUUCGAUGCGCUCCUCGCUGGAGAGGUGGGUGGCGUGGAGUUCGGCAAACUACCGUUCGGAGCGUGUGAAGAUCCCAUCAGCGAGCUGCAUCUCGCGACCACGUGGCCGAACCUGACGGAGGGAAUCGUGGUGGAUAACGAUGUUUAUUCCGAUCUGGAUCCUCUUCAGGCUCCUCACUGGUCUGUCCGAGUGCGGAAAGCAGACAAUCCACAGUGUUUGCUGGGUGAGUUCCUCAUGGAGUUCUUCAAGCUUUGCUGCCGGAAGGAAAGCACCGAGGAGAUUCUGGGGAGGAACCCGGUCGAGGAGGAAGGGAAAGAGAACAGUGACAUCACUCAAGCGCUGUCCAAGCUGACGGAGCCCGCAGCCGUCCCCAUCCACAAGCUGUCCGUCUCCAGCAUGGUGCACAGCGCGAGGAAACGCAUGCGGCGACACAGACGUGCCGAGGAGUCGCCACUCAACAACCACGUGCUCAACUCCAUCCUGCUGUAUCUGUUCCCAGAUGCAGCUCUGGAUAAAACAGACUUAAGCGAUGUCAAAUCCACACAGCACAGCCCGGGAGGAAAGACUGAGUCGGAGGAUUACCAUCUCUAUAAUCAGCUGAAGUCGGCUCCGAGCGACAGUCUGACGUACCGUCUGGCCCUGUGUGUCUGUAUGGUGAACUUCCAUCACGGAGGAGUGAGAGCCGUGGCUCACCUGUGGCAGGAGUUUGUGCUGGAGAUGCUGAAUCGUGCUUGUACUGUGCUGCUGAUAACCGUGUUUGUGUGUGUGCCGCAGGAGCCCGCGCCCAUGACUGAAGACCUGCUGGAGGAGCAGUCGGAGGUUCUGGCCAAACUGGGCACGUCGGCUGAAGGAGCGCACCUCCGCGCCCGCAUGCAGAGCGCCUGCCUGCUCUCAGACAUGGAGUCCUUCAAGGCAGCGAAUCCCGGCUGUUGUCUGGAGGAUUUCGUGCGCUGGUAUUCUCCGAGAGAUUACGUGGAGGAGGAAGUGGUGGAUGAGGCGGGACAGACGGUCAUACGGGGCGACCUGAGCACCCGCAUGAAGAUCCCUGGCAACAUGUGGGUGGAGGCCUGGGAGACGGCCAAAGCCACGCCGGCCCGCCGACAGAAGAGGCUGUUCGACGACACCAAAGAGGCUGAGAAGGUGCUGCAUUACCUGGCGCUGCAGAAGCCGUCGGAUCUGACUCUGCACCUGAUGCCCUGCGUGCUGCACGCGGCUCUGCUCAAGAUCAAAGAGGAAGAAGCGUCUGAAGACAUCGCGUCGGUGCGUAAGGCUCUGCAGCAGGUCACCGCUCACGCCAGCAAACUGCUGCGGCACCCCAACCCUGACUUCAAGAAGCUGGAGGACCUCAUUCUUCAGAUGAGCGCGGUGGAGGCCGUCAUCGCUCGCGCCCGAUCGCUCAAGGCCAAGUUUGGCAUCGCUGGAGGAGAGCGAGAGGAAGACGCUGACGAGCUGGAGAGGUUUGUCAGCUGUUUGCUGGAGGAGCCCGAGGUUUCUGUGAUUGGAGCCGGACGAGGACCUGCUGGAAACAUCAUCCAUAAGCUGUUCGUCAGCUCUCAGCGGGCCGCUCUGCUGGCGCCGAUGGAGGACGAGGCGGGUCGUUCUGGAGGGACGGAUGACAGGAAAGCGGUUCCGGAUUUUCCGCCCCCUGCUGGACGGGAGGUUCUGCUGCGCACCUGUGUGCCGCGGCCCGCGCCGUACUCCAAAGCCCUGCCGCAGCGGCUCUUCUGCGUGCUCCUGCGGGACGAGUUCAGGCUCGCCGGCGCCUUUUCCUCCGACACCUCCUUCUUCGGAGCGGAUCGACCAGCGCAGGUUAAAUGGGUCGCAGGUUUCAGGAAAUAACACAGAUGAGUGUCCUGCUGCACUCGUGUUCUUAUAGAGUCAAAACGCUUCACAUGUAAUCGCGGGAAAUGGUUUCUGGAUCAGCGCUCUGAGGGUCUCAUCAGCUCUAAAAUGGUUUUUUAUCUGUUGGGUUUCACACAUGCUAAUAAUAUCAGUUUCCCUACUGUGUGCUUGAUGAGAGCAGCUCUAGAUUGAGUUCUCAACACUUUGCCUUAGGAAACAACACACGCUCACAUGCACACACUCACACUCCCUCACACACACACACACACACACACACACACGCUCACACACUCCC